CCCCGUGCCGGAGCCACCCCCGUGCCCGCUGUUCCCGGCUCCCGGCACAGCGCGGCUGCCGCAGCACCAUGUGGCUGCAGGCCCUGCUCUUCCUCGCCCCCCUUCUCCUCCUCCUCCUCGUCCUCCUCUCCCUCGUGCUCCUGCGGGGCUCGGGCAGCCGCAACCCCUUCGCCACCGACAGCCGCCGCCCGCCCGGCCCGCUCGUCACCGACAAGGCGGUGCGCAGGACCGUCGUCAAGACAGCGUUCUCGGCAGAGAAGGUGCCGGCGCAGCUCGAUGCCAUCGUGGUGGGCAGCGGCAUCGGCGGGCUGGCGGCCGCGGCGCUGCUGGCCAAGGCGGGCUGGCGGGUGCUGGUGCUGGAGCAGCACGGCAAGCUGGGCGGCUGCUGCCACACCUUCACCGAGAAGGGCUUCGAGUUCGACACCGGGAUCCACUACGUGGGGCAGAUGCAGGAGGGCUCCCUGAUGAGGUUCCUGGUGGACCAGCUGACAGAUGGGCAGCUGGAGUGGGCCCCACUGCCGGCCACCUACGAUGCCGUGGUUCUGGGGGACCCCCAGGGCUCUGGCAAGACCUUCCACAUCCAUUCUGGGGAGAGGGAAUAUUUCUGGAGGCUGAAGGAACAGUUCCCCGGGGAGGCGGCGGCCAUCGACGAGUUCCAGCGGCUGGUGAAGAGCGCUGGCCGUGGGGUUGUGCUGCUGGGGAUCCUGAAGCUGCUCCCGAGGUUCCUGGCCAGGCUCCUGACCUGCUCCAGGCUGCUGCCACGGCUCUGCUCCUUCUCCCAGCUGGCCUCACGCAGCCUCAAGGAGGUGGUGGAUGGUCUCACCCCCAACCCCGAGCUCCGCGCUGUCCUCAGCUACAUCUUCCCCACCUAUGGUGUGCUCCCCUCCAAGGCCAGCUUCUCCAUGCACAGCAUCCUGGUGAACCAUUUCCUGCACGGCGCCUGGUACCCCAAGGGCGGGGCGGGGGAAAUCGCCUUCCACACCAUCCCCGUGAUCCGCAGGGCCGGAGGAAACGUCUUCGGGAAGGCGCCGGUGCAGAGGAUCCUGCUGGACGCCCAGGGCAGAGCCUGCGGUGUGAGCGUCAGGAAAGGCCAGGACUCGGUGGAUAUCUUGGCUCCCGUGGUCAUUUCGGACGCCGGGAUCUUCAACACCUACGAGCGGCUGCUGCCGGCGGAGGCGCGGGCUCUGCCGGAGAUCCAGUCCCAGCUCCACAUGCUGGCCCCUGGGGAGGGGGGCUUCACCGUCUUCGUCGGCCUCAGCGGCUCAAGGGAGGAGCUGGGGCUGGAGCCCAUCAACUACUUCAUGUUCCCAGGGAACGACCUGGAUGGAAUCAUGCAGCGCUACCUGGCUUCCUCCAGAGAAGAAGCUGCCAACAACAUCCCUCUGCUCUUUGUCACCUCGCCAUCAGCCAAGGACCCCACCUGGGAAAUGAGGCACCCAGGUAAAUCCACGCUGGCCAUCGUCACCUUCGCCAGGUACGAGUGGUUCGAGGAGUGGAAGGACAAGCAGGUCCACAAGAGGGGGGAUGACUAUGAGGACCUGAAGAAGACUUUUGUGGAUGCCAUCAUGCAGACUGUCUACAAGCUGUACCCUCGCAUCGAGGGCCGGAUCGAGUACCUCUCGGGUGGCUCUCCCCUCACCAACCAGCACUACCUUGCCAGUCCCCACGGCGAGUUCUACGGCGCUGACCAUGGCAUCCCCCGCCUGCAGGCCGAGGCCAUUGCCACCCUGCGGGCAGACACGGCCGUGCCCAACCUCUACCUGACAGGGCAGGAUUUGUGCCUGGGGGGUUUCAUGGGGGCCCUGCAAGGAGCCAUCAUCUGCGCCAGCACCAUCCUCAAGCGCAACCUGUACGCGGACGUGGCGUGGCUGAAAUUGCGCUUGCAGGCCACCGACCCCAAGAAGGGAGACUAAAGGCUGCCAUCCCCCCAGCAGGGCCCCAGCACAGCACCCCACCUCCCCCGCAGCCUGCCACGCACCUGUAGCAGACCCAUCUCUGUGCCAAGCUGAGGGAUUUCAUCCAGGGCGACGCCGUUCCCAUUCCCAGACAGAUUGUGCUGGACCUCACCCCCUAAAAAAAUGCAUCCCCCUCCACCAUCAUGUCCAGUGCUGGUCCCUGGCCAUGGAGGGAGUCCCCAGGAGCUGUUGUGGCAGGAGAGAAGUCAAGAUAACCCCAAAACAGGAGACCAGCAUCUCCUGUGGCUGCUUCAUCCCAUCGGGAUCACUGACCCCAGCCAAAGCCCCCAGCCAAAGCCCACCUGCCCCUGCAGCCCCAGGGCUGCCUGAGAGCCUGCAGGCUGUCCAGUGCUUCCAGAGUCAUUCCUGGGAGCAGCAGGACCCCAGCCCCCCAGAAUUCCCAGUGUUUGGGUGCUGCUUUCCCCCCGCUGCCCCAAGACACAAGCUCAUGCUCCUUUAGCAGCAACAAAGCCCUUCUGUCUGCUGGUAAAAAAGCUUGGGAACACGAUGAAAGCCCGCUCCAGAUGGGAAGGGAGGCACGUGAGACUGGAAGUAAUA